GCAAGGAGGCCAGGAAGGAGGUGCCUGACAGGGCGGUCGUCAAGGAGGCGUACAUGAGUCGGGAGGGAGCCAUCAAGGCAGGGUUCGACGGUUCGUGGGCACAGAUGGCAAAGUUAACUGGCCACAGUACUACGAUUAUGUCAACUCCCAAAAAAAUUAUGGGGGGAUGCCUCUUUACAAGCAAGAGGUGUCUGUUAAGGAGGUGAUGAGUGACAGGGAAGCUGUGAGGCAGGAAGAUGCGGAGGUCGACGAGGCAACCAUGAAGGCCAGGUUUCAGGACUGGAUGGUGGAGUACGGCCGGUCAUAUAGGACCGAGAAGGAGAAGGCUCGCCGCUAUGAGGUGUUUAAGGAGACUGCAAUACAUGCUGACAAGGCUAAUGCAUCAACGCGAGCAGGUGCUCGUGUAGCCGCCCCUAAUCUCGAGUUCCAUAACUUUGACUGGGAGAUAUACAUUGAUCACAUCAACAAUAUGGCUGCUCAUGGCUGGUUUAUUGGCCGUGAAGAUGUGAAGCAGCAUUAAAAAAGCGAC